AAAAAAAAAAAACCCAGUAUUCACUGUGCGCUUCUCCUUCUCAAAAACAAAAUUCUCUCUAUCACGCUUCUUUCUCUUUAUCAUGCUUCGGACUCUAUAUCACGCUUCCGAUUCGGUUUAUCUAAAGAACACAGAAUUCGGCUUCUUCUAUAUUAGCUUCUUCUCUUACUAAUCAACCACAAGAACCCAGGGAAGCUAAACAAUACCCAAAGAAGAAACAGUAUCGGCCGUUCUCUGCCCGGCGACGAUAUUUGAAAUAGAUAUACUUACAAGCUAGGGCAUAAAUUGUUCAAUGGUACAUAUGUUUGGAGUCAACAAUAUCAGUUUGGAGCAUCUCCUUAUCCUGGUCAAAACUCUCUACAAAGUGUAGUUAUUUUUGGUGACAUGGGGAAGGAUGAAGCUGAUGGUUCCAACGAAUAUAACAAUUUCCAGCAUGGCUCUCUUAACACUACUCGAGAGCUUUUUAGAGACUUAAAGAACAUUGAUAUAGUCUUCCACAUUGGAGAUAUUUGUUAUGCAAAUGGAUACAUUUUACAGUGGGACCAAUUUACAGCACAGGUUGAGCCAAUUGCAUCAACUGUGCCAUACAUGAUUGCAAGUGGUAACCAUGAGCGUGACUGGCCAAGGAUUGGAUCAUUCUAUGGGAAUAUGGACUCUAGGGGGGGGGAAUGUGGUGUGUUGGUGGAGACUAUGUUUUAUGUCCCUGCUGAGAACAGAGCCAAUUUCUGGUACUCCACCGAUUAUGGCAUGUUCCACUUUUGCAUAGCUGACACUGAACAUGACUGGAGGGAAGGAAUUGAGCAAUACAAGUUCAUUGAGAAUUGCUUGGCAUCAGUCGAUAGGCAAAAGCAACCAUGGCUAAUUUUUCUUGCACAUCAAGUACUUGAUUAUUCAUCUAGUAUCAGUUAUGCAGUUGAAGGAUCAUUCAAGGAACCAAUGGGGAGGGAGAGCCUGCAAAACUAUCAAAAUUGGUGAUUUUCUUGGAACUGAAGAAGAAGUACUUGUGGUGAGGACUUUUGCUUCAGAAUACAGCUGUCUUAGAAAGGAUGGUUAUAUCUUGGUCUAAAGAAUCUCAGGGCAAGGUCAAAAGGAAAAGGCAGUUAAUGAUCAUCUACUAACACUUCCGAAAGGGUCACUGAAUGAUCACUGGGUAUCAGUGACUUCUGGAAGUGAGGAGUAUUGUCUUAAACAUAUGCGUAGAAAUCAGUAUGAAGAAAGUCUAUUUAGAUGUGAAGAUGAUAGGUAAAAGACUUGAUAGAAGCCUUCAUCAGUUGUGAAUUUACUUGCUAUUUGUUAAUAUUUAAUUAAAUAAGGUUUUUUUUUUUUGUGUGUUUCUUUAUAUCGUCAUUUGACUUUUAUGGCACUUACAUGUUAUUCUAGUUGAUUAGGAGUUUAAAGAUAAGGUUUUGAGAUCUGAUGUAGUUCUUUUAUGGCGCUUACUGAUUACUCCAUUUUCUUUGUAAUACAUUAUCAGCUAUAGGCAUUUAUGAGAUUGAUUUUUACCUCUCUA